UGGCUCAAGAAGUAUGAGACACCGAUUGGCGCCACGAAUGCCCGACGACUGUCGCAGUAUAUACUGAUCGGUGAUGACGACAGCGGACACGAACCCCAACUCAUCCGAUACCUGAAGCGCCUUAAGAUUCGCGUUCCUCUGCAGUUGACACACGUGUAUGACUCGCAGCAACGGUUGCGCCCCCUUUGCGGCUACUAUUCCUCGUAUGGGAAGUGUCCCUUCGAGUCGUUGGACUGUCCGAAACGGCACGCGUUUGGCCGCCACGACCGGCCCGACCCACGACUGCCCACCAGUGGACAGAUUAAGAUAACGGUGACCUACGUGUUGGGCGCCAACGACUUCUACUUUCGGUGCCGCGAGUUUCGCGGUGCGAGUCAGACGUCCGGCAAAUGGCAGCCAAUGAGUGAUAAUUACGAUGCAAUCCGCGAAGAGCUAAUUGCGUUCAAAGACACGCCAUAUAAUACGGUUAGGGAUCCAACGGGUGACAGACUGUACGGGAUUGCUGUGAGGGGACAGGUAUUUAGAGUGCGUUUGACAAAAAUCAUUGGUUCCGAAGAGACCAACUUCUACGAAGACUGUGAGCAGAGCAGUGGCGCACCCGUCGGCCAAAAGGUUGAGUUGUUUACCGUUGAUUUUGGCCAUAAAUUGCGGUCCAAUUCGCGCCAAUUGUUUGAAUUACCGGAUCAUCUGCGAGACGUACCGGCGCUGGCACUAAGGGGUCACUUGUUUGGCAUCAAACCGAUCGCCAAUGAGAUCGAGUGGGACUUCCGGUCGACGCAGGCUUUCUACGAAUUGGUGGACAACUACCGGAUCAGUGAAGUGACCGCUUGGGUCGUCAAACAAGCAGACUUCCAGGUCUACGGAGACUUUCCUAACUACAAGUCCGGUGUAUAUAAGAAGCACUCGACUCAGUUGCUCGGCGGACACGCCAUCAAAAUCUUGGGCUGGGGUGUCGAGAACGACACACCCUAUUGGUUGGCCGCCAACUCCUGGAACGAGGACUGGGGAGACAAAGGCUACUUCAAGAUCGCCCGGGGCUCUGAUGAGUGCGGUAUUGAGAGCGAUAUCGUGGCCGGUCUGCCCAAACUGUAG